CUGGUAUUAAUUCUGUCUGAAGAUGGGAUAGGGUCACAGGAGUGUCAAUGCUCAGUAUGUGAUAAACUGACCUUUUAGACUGUCCUCAUCUUGUUUAACUCCUCUCCCCCUCCCAAACACCACCUUGGAUUUGUCCUUUAUCCUAUUUAUAAGUCUGCUGUGUUGGUGGGGGGUGGGACUUGGGAAUUAAUUGUUUAAAUCAGGGUCUGGUGGCUUUAUUUUACACUUGCAGCUUAUUUUUCAGAGAACAGUAAGGUCAUGGAUAACAGAAACUAUUUCCUGAACCAAUUUCUCCAACCAUUAUAAAGUGGUAACUGUGGUAAAUCUUCAAAUUGCAUGUUGAUGAGCAUCAAUAAUUUGUCCUAUAACGUCAUCAGUUUGUUAUAGUAUUUGACCUAUUAGAUGCCAGCAGGCAAACGUUAUACCUUGCGAAGCUUCUGAAACUGUAUUCCACAGUCAACCACAAGUACUAUUCCCAGUCACAGGAAGUCCUGCUGCUGUGGGAACAUCCAACAACUUUUUUAUAAUAGGUCCUGGAAGGAUUUCGCUGUAAUUGGUAUAAAUAAAAUAUGGUAAUAUUCCAAGUAUUUUGCUUGUAAUUCAUUUAUCAAUGAAACUUGGAAAACUGAAUACCCUAUUUUAUGCCAUUUAUUUUUCCAUGUGUAUAAUAUGACUGCUUUAUUGCUCUUUACCCUUGGAAAAAACCAGCCUUUCAGUAUAAUCAACGGGGAGUUGUGCUGGAAGGGGUGGCUACAGCAGUUUGGCUGUCUGUGAUUCGCUGACUGGCACUCUAAUUGGAUCAUGUAGGAACUUGCUUAGCUGGAUGCUUUGUGCUUGGAUUGGGAGCAGCCUGUAAAGACAGAGGAAGUGAGGCAGAGAGGGAGGAGGCCAGAGGCUUCUGUGUACUCCAGUUGGAGAGAAAAGACAGAGAGAGGAGGAGUGAGAGUGGAAAGAAGGGGAGUAUCCAGCCUCCUCUGGCCCACUGUGCUACUGCAGCCCCCCUCCCUCUCUCUAGGAUUCUCUUUCUUUCCCUUUUCCCCUUACUCAUCCAUUUCUUUGGCUGCACUGAGAGGAAGGACACCUGCCGCUCCCUGAUGAUUCAGCCUUUCAGCUGCUUGGAGCACUUUAGACAAGACAGCAUGACCGUCCUGCCACUGCAGUGCCUGGCCAGCCUGUCCUUGACGAUACAGUUACUGCAGCCGGCCCAUCACGUCGACACCGCCCCUUCUCUUUCCCCUGCUAAAGUGUUCAGGUCGUCUACCUACCUCAUGGACUCCUGUAAAGCUUUUAGUCUCUGAAGAGCUUUAUUUAACUGUCCUCUGAUAUCUGUCCUCUGACUCUGCAACCUGAUGUUGGAAAACCUUCUCAUAGACUCGAGGCAGACCACAGUUGUGUGAUGUUCUGUUUUAAUGGUUGAAGCAUUCAGAGACACUUCAUCCAACAGUUCAAAAGGAUGACUGAGGGAAUGGAGGACUACUCUGCAGGACCAGCUCCAUCUCCUGAAACAGCCUCCCCCACUGGCCUGCCUCUUGAUACUGGACAAGUCCCAGAGGAGAAACCAGAGGAGACGGAGGCAGCUGGUGAAAGUGGGGAUGAGGGUGUAAAGGGAAUUACAGAGGAAGGCAGUGGCAAUGGGGAGCUUGAGGGCACUGUGGAAAUUGUGGCUUUGCCUGCAACCUGCUGUGUGUGCAUAGAGAUGGAACAGAUUAACCAUUGCCUGCACUCUGAAAAAAUCUGCAUUCUGCCAAUUUUGGCCUGUCUUCUUAGCUUAGCUCUUUGCACAGCUGGACUCAAAUGGGUAUUUGUGGAUAAGAUCUUUGAAUACGAACCGCCCACUCACUUAGAUCCCAAACCCAUCGGGCAGGAGCCAAUCAUUAUAUCAGUCAACCCCACGCUCGGAAUCACCGUCUCAAUUCCUCAUUCAGCUCCCUCUACUGUCUCCCUGACCACUACCAUCGCCAUUACACCAGGACACCCUGGGGUUUUUGAGAAAGACAAAUCUACAGUCAGGCCAUUUGUGCCUCAGUCUCCACAAGUGACAUAUCCUUCUGUGACCCUGAAAUACAAUGCAGAACGUUCUACUGUUCCAAAGCAGAGCUCCAACACACAAACAGCCCAGGACCCAGACAAACUCUUCCAAACUAUCUCUACCACCAGCACCUCCACUACAACUAAGAGCUCCAGCCACAUAAUGCGUUGCAGUGCCACCCAGAAGAACUACUGCGUUAAUGGAGGGGAAUGCUUCACACUCGAAAUCAUGCCUGGCAGUACAAAGUUUCUAUGCAGGUGCUUGGCUGGAUUCACUGGGCACCGAUGUGAACAGGCUGUGCUUAAGAAAGUCUCAGACCCAAAACAAGCUGAGGAGUUGUAUCAAAAGCGCAUUUUAACAAUAACAGGGAUUUGCAUAGCACUCCUAGUUGUUGGAAUCAUGUGUGUGAUAGCCUACUGCAAAACAAACAAGCAAAGAAAGAAACUACGUGACCGCCUGAGGCAGAGCCAGAAGAAGAAGAAGAGAAAGAACAAUACAAAUACUGGUACUGGCUCCAGUACGGAAAGCUCUGCUACAGGACGUCAGAUUUCUAGUGUGCCUCUUCAGGAUUUGAAGAUUGUCAAUCCAUGUAAUGGUUCCGUGAGGCAGCUUGCAACUGAGGAGACAGAAACAACCUUUCCCACGAGCAAAUAUGCAACUGUUAAUCAGCCCACUACACUCACCAACAUCUCCAGCCAAAGAUUUGCGUCUCCCAUGAAAAGCCUGUCUCAACUGUCGCCAGACUCAAAGACAGCUCUAAGUCCUCCCGUCUCUCCUCCAUCAGAGGUGUCAGCUCCACUGUCCAGCCUGGCCGUUUCUGUCCCCUCAGUGGCUUUAAGUCCCUCCGUUGAGGAGGAGUGCCCGUUGCUGCUUUCAAAGAAGAGUCUGCAACACAUGUCCUCAAUACUGUCCGAUCAGAAGAGGAGCUUCUCCCACUACAACCACGGCCAUGUUGCACACAGCUUACCACCUAGCCCAGCCCUUCUUGCAAAGAAUGUUACCAACAGAGUCACAGGGGACUGCGACAUCACCGCUGCCUGCCACAGUUUUUCAGAAUUACCUGAGAAACGAAUGAAUCUAACCAACAGUACCAGUACCUGCAGCAGCAAAAGAGCUGCAGGCCAUAUGCUGCGUUCCGUGGAGUCCAGUGACAGCAUGCUAUUCAGUGAAACAGAUGAGCCUCAGGCAGGAGACGCACCCUUCCUCACUGCAGACAGUAUGACAGCCCUUUGGGAUAUGGAGAGCAGCAGGACUAACCCAGCAUCACCAAACCAUGUCCUGCAGGUUAAACCUUCCAAUCCCAUUGCUGUGUAAAGUAAACAGAAAUACCUUCAAAUUCUACUGAGAAAUAUUCACUUAAAAUGUAAUUUCAACAAGCCAACCGCUGUGUAAAGAUUUUGAAAAAAGGGAAAAAGAAACCUAUUUUAGUGAUGUAGUAAAUAGAGUUUUAUAAAAGAAGAAACAACUGUACAAACAUGUUCUUGAGCUGCAGGUAAAGUGCCAUAUCCUAGUAUGUAGCAAAGGUUCCCAGUAUAUGUAAGAGCAGAAGAAAAUCUACGGUGCCUUUCUGUUUAGUGUGGCUGGAAUGGAGUAGCAUUGACUACUGAUCUAUGGAUCACCGUCCCAACAUUUUGUUGGCUACAGACGCAUGCUUUGAUAAAAUGUUCAGCAUGUAGCGGUUUGAUUUCCAGGUAUUUCCUUUGACAGGUCACUCCUUUGAUGCCCUUGUCUUAUUGGUCCACUGAAAUGGUUUAAAGGAAUGCUUCACUGAACUACCAUGCCUGGACUCAUACUUAGUAAUACAUUUUAAAAUGGCUCAUUACCUGCAUUCGUUUAGAGAUAGAGAAAAUGUUAGUGAUCAUAUUAGUCAUAUUGGUCACUAUCUGUCCAAGUAACCUGUCACUGAAUAAAUAUUAACUGUGAGAUAAAUGUGCAAUCACUAAAAUCUGCAUUGUAGGACUUACUAAUGCUGUCACCUCUAUACUUAACAUAACCAUGUAGAUUUCUUUCAGUUCUAUAUUGGGUUUUAUUCUGUAUUAAAGUGAAUAUGCUGAUGUUGUUAGAGACAGCACUACUGUAGCUCUGUAAAGCUCUUUCACACAUGAUUUGCAGUCUGGGGAUUUUCCAGAAGGGCUACAUAACAGAAUGCCAAAGUCUGCAGCUACACUCUUAACUCCUUGCCAAGCUGAUUUUAAAUGCUGUCCUGUGAAAUAUCACAUGAGUAAAUACUAAAUAAUUACUCCAAAAAUAUGAAAAGAAAGACGGAGAUGCUUCUCUGCUUUUUUGCUGACCUCUAGCAAAUCACUGAAUUUAAAAUGGCUGCUAGAAUGAAAACAAAAGUGGUCAAAAACACUAACUUUUUGCUGAUUUGAGUGAAACGUGAUCCUACAUCUUCUAACAAAAAUAUCUUCUCAAAAAGUUAUGUUUCAUUCAUUUCUAAGGAGGCCGUUCACUUUGUUUCACAAACUAUAGAAAAACUCAGUCAGGGUAGUGCCCCAAAAGACAAUGAUGAAAAUCCAGAAUAAAUGGAGUAUUGUUUCUUUAAAAAAAGGCAUACAUGUUGUACAGACUUAGGCAGAUAAUGCUUUAAAUACACAUAAUGGUUAACUGCUUAAAGCUGAUAUCUUUGACUUUUAUAUUCAACAGCUCACAACCUUCAAAAGACUUGUUUGCACUUCUGUUUUGAAAUGCUUUAGUUUGUGACUUAUGUGUGUGGUGUUAUUGUAAAUGUAAUUUAAAAAAGAAUUAAUAAAGAAAAAUCCAAACUGG